AUUGGAUAGCAGCACGCGGCUCCUGAUUGGUCGAUACCACAGUUUUGUUAGCUGUAUAGUUUUCAUGGAACAGGCGUCCUGAUAGUCUAUGGUGACCUGCUGGGAUCAGUAGUGCCACGGCGGAACUUUGAACCUUGUUGCACCCGGACUUGUAUUGGUGACGGACCGGUCCUGUGCUGUCAUUAGAUCUGCCCGUGUGUGAGCGGUGGUCAUGGAGGAGCAGGAGAUGCAGAUAAAGGUGAAGAAAGUAACGGACAAGUUUACAGAGAGCAUGUAUGUCCUUGCCAAUGAGCCUUCUGUGGCUUUGUAUAGGCUUCAAGAACAUGUCCGCAGGUCUCUUCCAGAACUGGCUCAGCACAAGGCAGAUAUGCAGAAUUGGGAAGAGCAAAGUCAGGGGUCUGUAUAUACUGUGGAGUAUGCAUGCAGGCGUAUAACGACAGAUGCUAUACUGUGGCAUGUUAUGACGGACAUCUACUUUGGAUACCAGGCGUGCAAUUGUUGUCUACAUUUUGAAAAGCAGCCUCAAGGAGAAGAAAUACUGCAGAUAUUGCUGUUAAAAGUAUGACUUUCAGCAGUGUGCACUUCAAGAGCAUUGAUGGCCUACUAAAACAAGCUAUCAAUCUAAAGCAUCAGCUGAAUACUAUUCAGAGCCGCAGGUAGCACAUAGGGACUGUCUUAGUGGCUCUGCUGCUGCCGCCUUCCAGAAUCUGAGGACUACCAAAGGAUUCCCUUUGCUCCCUGACUAAAUUCCUCUAUGCAUGUGUUGGGGACUUGUCCUGCUAUAGCGAUAUCAUUUAUGAAGGUGUCAAAAUGGGUUAGAAGCAUGUGAGGACUUGAUGCUUCAUACCGAUUUUUGUGGUAUAUAGUAUUUCGUUUUAUUUGAUACUUUGUUACGGCAAAUGAGGAGACGAUUAUACAAUAUUUCAAGCAGUUAUGAGUACCAUAAUAUUGGCAUGUGAAACUUAUUCUUAAAGGAUUUGAAUGGUUGCUUUCUCCUAGAAAGAGCACUCUGCUUGUGCAUACACUGUGUUUAACAUUGCAGGUCAGCUCCAUUAAUGCGAAUGGUGCUGGGCUGCAGUACUGCAUACAACCUUUGCAUAAGCUGUGGCACUUUUUUUGAAGGGUAGCCAUAUAUGUCUAUUCCUAUGGAAGCCCUUUAAAGCUUUAUUCAUAUUUAACAGAAUAAAAAAGUUGGUAUAGUAAAUGCUCCUAGAAUUGAUUCCUUGGCAUUCCUUUGACACAUUUUGCCCACUGAUGUUUAGGUCAAGGUCACACACAGCAGUUUGGUGAAUGUGUUUUUUUUUUUUUUUUUUUUUUAUUGAUAGCUAAAAUCAAGAGUAGAUCCUUAUGGGAUGAGAGGGAAAGGCAGUUUUUUGGAUCCCCUCCUUGUUUUAGCUAAAUAGUCCACAUGGUUUGUGCUAUGUAAAGUGAACAGAAUUUUGUAAAGUCCUCAUCACUGCUGCAGAAGUUUUGCCUGACACCUCCCCCGCCCCCCUUUCAUUAUGUGUCAGAAUGAGAGCCUCUGUGUAAGAGCACCUCCUGCUCUGUCAGGCCUGUUGUGUCCAUGCAUUACAUAAUUGUCCAAUUCCAUGAAUGGCUUCCAUUGUGAACACAGGGCUUAGACACAAUAGACCAGCUGGCUUCUCUUCAAAAAAGGGAUUGUCUGAGUGAGACUGCCCCUUUUAGCGUUUUAUGUUAUUUGUCUGGUUCUGUCCCUUUAGAGGUAAUUCCUAACUGCAUAACUUUGUGAUAUGAUUUUAUGUUUUUUUUAUUAAAUGUCAGUUAAACACAAUGAACUUGUAUAACUGUGUAAAAUGUAUUCCACUCAUUUGAAUAAAAUACAUUUUAUUUAAAAAAAAAAAAUUAUUCCAUAUGGAGCAUUUUCCUUGACCUUUAAAAAUAGGAGUUGAUGGUAAAAAAACACAACAAAACAACAUACAAUAUCAUAGACAAGAAGGCGUAAAUAAACCAGAAUUUCACAUUUUCCUUUUUUUAAUUUCUAUCUGUUGCUUUUUAAUUUUUGUUUCUGUACAGUAUUGUUCUUCAGGUAGUUUACAAUCAUCCAGUAUAGAUUUUUGGUCACGGGACCAUAUUAUAAGAAUACUACAGCUCAUUUAGGCUCAUGUCAUUUAUUUCAAGUGACUAUAGUGUCCUUACAGGAAAGAAGAAAAUGUCAAUCUGUGUCAUGUCAUAAUAUGUUAGCGACAGUUCGUCAUUUUGCUAAUAAUGCCUGUGGAUCCAUUCUUUUAGAUUUCAAGUUGUAGUAACGAUGAUGAAUAUUUUACAAUAAGUCUUCCAACAUUCAAGACUGCAGUAUGAAGCCAAAUGGAACCUCACAUAGGCUACUGAUUUAAAAAAAAAUAUGUGGGAGUCCAGGUGUUUAUAGGGGUCUCCUAGAUCCCCCACCAACCACCCCGGUACAAUAACUUAGAUGGGCAUGCGUAUUUUUUGUUUGAGUUGAAACAAAUCUCAUGUUCGUUCCCAGUUUUGGAUAGUACAUUGCUCGUACUUAGUGAUGCAUACCAAAUGUGCAUGCUCUCAGUAGACCAGAGUGGGCUUUCCAUUCUAGCGUUCUUACUAGCAAACACCAGUAAGCACUACGUCUGACAUUUCUGUAUUAAAAUAAACACCCUUAGGGUCUAUUCACAUGGCAGAAUUUCUGCAGGCGGAAUUCCACAUGCGGAUUCCACCUGAAAUUAAAGCCCAAUAGACUUCUUGGGAUUCUGCACUCCCAUUGACACUUCUGAAUUUACCCAUGCUGAUUCCGCACCAAUUUUGCGCAAAAUCCGCACAAGCCAGAAGUCACCCAAAUGAAUGCGGAAUUGGUGCGGAUGUGUGGAAAUUUUGCCGUGUGAAUAGACCCUUAGGCUGAGCUCACGCUAGCCUUAUAGAGUUGGACUGUUAAGUCCCAACUCAACCGUGGGUCUGAUAACUAUUAGAUUAUCAUUAGACCUGCAAUUGGGCCGGGACUUGUGGUCGUAAUAAGGGAGGAAAAAAUAUGUUCAUGUUAGGCUAGUGUAAACCCCCGCCUCAAUGGUACGUAUAGUACCAUUUGCAGUGAACACCCUAUUCACAUGAGCAAAAAUGGCUCUGGGAAAAAACUCUGAGGGAGAUUUAUCAAAAUCUGUUCAGAGGAAAAGUUGCUGAGUUGCCCAUAGCAACCAAUCAGAUUGCUUCUUUCAUUUUUCAGAGGCCUUUUCAAAAAUGAAAGGUGAUCUUAGUUGAAAGGUUGCUUUGGCUAACUCAGCAACUUUUCCUCUGGACAGGUUUUGAUAAAUCUCACCUAUAAUCCAUGGAAUUUGUUGUGCAGAUUUUGAAGCAGCUUUUUUUCCACGUUCCAAUAGAUUUGAACAUGAGCUUCUUGGAAGAACCUGACUUUUUUUCGGUGUUUCUUUUUGCCUGUUUUAGCAUACCUUCAAAAUACAGUUGAAACUAAUUUCUACAAGUGCACUUAUUUACAUUAUUUUUUUACACACCUUUCCCUAAAAUAAUUAUCUGACCUGCAUAACAUUGUUACAUUAAUCCUGUACAUUCAGAUAGCAAAAAGGGUGCAAUGGCAGUCAUUUUAAAGGGGUACUCCUGUGGAAAACUUUUUUAUUUUUUUUUUAAAUCAACUAGUGCCCGAAAGUUAAACAGAUUUGUAAAUCACUUCUAUUAAAAAAUCUUAAUCUUUCCAGUACUUU